UGUUGAUGUAUGAUCAAUUUUGCAAUGUUUUUUUUGCCACCACAAGCAUGUUUCUUGGUCAUAUUUUAGAGAUCAAAUGGAGAUGAGCUCGAGAGGGGUUGGGUACCCAUCUGAUCCAUCCCUCAAGGGUAAAAGCACAGCAGAUGUAUCUAACUCCAGCAUUGAUCAUGGUGUUUCGGAUAUGAAUGUGAAUUCUACAGAAGAUGAUGGAUGGCAAGAAUAUGGAAAGAAACCGAAGAACAGGAACAAGAAUAAUGCCUCAAAACAGUGGGUUCCUCAGCAUUCCACCCCUAAGGAAUGGGGUCAUGCUGAUACUUUGUUUAAACUUGGUAUGCGAACUGAUGGAGGGACUGGACAGGGCAGUCAACACUAUUAUGGCAGAGGGUAUACUAAGGAACUUAACCGUAACCAUAAUGACUAUGUUGCGCCACCUCCACUAAUCCCCCCUCCUCUAAAGAAUGGAUGGGGAUGGAACACUAGAGCGGCUUCUUCUCGGCCCUCGGAUGAUGGUGUGGUUCAGAAACAAAGAGCUCAAGCAGUUAAUAAUCAGGCUUUCAAGAGCGACGAAGUUGAUGAUGAUGAAGAGUCUGAUGACAUUGAUGACUCAGAUGAUGAGCUUAUGAGUGAUGAUUUUGACUCAGAUGAAAGCCAGAAAAGCCAUGAGACUAGAAAGAAGAACAAGUGGUUUAAGGAGCUUUUUCAGUCUCUGGAUAAUUUAACCGUCGAUCAGAUUAAUGAACCUGAAAGGCAGUGGCAUUGCCCAGCAUGCCAGAAUGGGCCUGGAGCUAUUGACUGGUAUCGUGGUUUGCAACCCCUGAUUACACAUGCUAAGACUAAAAGAUCCAAAAGGGUGAAGCUCCACAGAGAGCUUGCUGAAAUCUUAGAUGAGGAACUUAAAAGAAGGGGAGCAUCAGUAGUGCCAAAUGGUGAGGCAUUUGGAAAAUGGAAGGGUUUGGAUGAAAGAGCUGACAAAGGCAUAAUUUGGCCUCCCAUGGUGGUAAUUUUGAACACCAAGCAUGACAAGGAUGAUAAUGACAAAUGGAUUGGCAUGGGUAAUGAAGACUUGCUUGAGUAUUUCAGUGAAUAUCCUGCAACUAAGGCACGUCAUUCAUAUGGACCACAGAUUGCUAAAGGUGACUUGAGAUGGAGUCAGGAGCAAUUCAUGGAGGACCACUUCAAACAGCUUUAUGAACGUGAAAAGGUAACUCAGUCCGAGGCAAAUGUUUCUUCGGCUGAAGAGCGAUUACGCAGGUAA